AUGUCGCUCAUCUCCGCUCGUAUCGCCGGCUCAGUAGCCAGGCGUUUACCCAAUGCCGCCUCGCAGGUAUCGAAGGUCGCAGGAAUUGCGGCGCCCGCCGUGAACGUUGCUGCACGUAACUUCCAUGUCAGCCCUACCCAGAAAGCCGCUGAAAUCUCCACGAUUUUGGAGGAGAGGAUUUUGGGUGCUGCCCCCAAGGCUGAUUUGGAAGAAACUGGUCGUGUAUUGAGCAUUGGUGAUGGUAUUGCCCGUGUCUAUGGCCUCAAGAACAUUCAAGCUGAGGAGAUGGUGGAGUUCUCCUCUGGACUUAAGGGUAUGGCCCUCAACUUGGAACCUGACAACGUUGGUGUUGUCGUAUUCGGUAACGAUAAGCUGAUCAAGGAAGGAGACAUCGUCAAGCGUACUGGUGCUAUCGUAGACGUCCCUGUCGGCGAGCAGCUAUUGGGCCGUGUAGUAGACGCCCUGGGUAACGCCAUUGAUGGCAAAGGCCCCAUUGAAACAAAGAACCGUAUGCGUGUCGGUAUCAAGGCCCCGGGUAUUAUCCCCCGUGUGUCUGUGCGUGAGCCUAUGCAGACUGGUAUCAAGGCCGUCGACUCGCUUGUACCCAUCGGUCGUGGUCAACGUGAGUUGAUUAUUGGUGACCGUCAGACUGGUAAAACUGCUCUGGCUAUCGACACCAUCAUUAACCAACAGCGUUUCAACAAGGGAGAUGACGAAAAGAAGAAGCUGUACUGCAUCUACGUCGCCAUCGGACAGAAGAGGUCUACUGUCGCCCAGAUCGUGAAGAGGCUUACUGAUGCUGGUGCCAUCAACUACACCAUCAUCGUAUCUGCUACGGCCUCCGAUGCCGCUCCUCUGCAGUAUUUGUCGCCGUACUCGGGAUGUGCUAUGGGCGAGUUCUUCCGUGACAACGGCAAGCACGCUCUGAUCAUCUACGACGAUUUAUCCAAGCAGGCUGUUGCCUACCGUCAGAUGUCUCUGCUGCUGCGUCGUCCCCCGGGUCGUGAGGCUUACCCUGGUGAUGUGUUCUACCUCCACUCGCGUCUGCUUGAGCGUGCUGCCAAAAUGUCUGACAAGAUGGGUGGUGGUUCUCUGACUGCUUUACCUGUCAUUGAGACCCAGGCUGGUGACGUGUCUGCUUACAUUCCCACCAACGUAAUCUCCAUUACUGAUGGCCAAAUCUUCUUGGAGACUGAGCUCUUCUACAAGGGUAUUCGUCCCGCCAUCAAUGUCGGUCUAUCUGUAUCCCGUGUAGGAUCUGCUGCCCAAACCAAGGCCAUGAAACAGGUCGCCGGUUCCAUGAAACUCGAGUUGGCCCAGUACCGUGAGGUUGCUGCUUUUGCUCAGUUUGGUUCCGACUUGGAUGCUGCUACCCAGCAACUUCUCAACCGUGGUAUGCGUUUGACUGAGCUUCUGAAGCAGGGACAGUAUGUGCCAAUGGCUAUUGAGGAACAGGUUGCCAUUAUCUACUGUGGUGUACGUGGUCACCUUGACAAACUUGACCCCACCAAGAUCACCACUUUCGAAAAGGAAUUCACCCAGCACAUCAAGACUAGCCACCAGGGUCUUUUGGCCACCAUUGCCAAGGAAAACCAGAUCACUAAGGAGUCUGAUGAACAAUUGAAGAAACUGUUAAAUUUUGCAAUGAUGGAGUUCUUCGAGAAAGCUCACCUUUCUAAAAUAAAUAUUGUGAAAAAAGACAGCAGAUCAGAAGAAAUGGUCAAAAAACAGCUAAAACAAAUGUUACAUGGUUAUAAACAGAGUGACAACGAGCUUAUUAAAAGUAGCGGGAACAUGUAUAGAGAUAUUGCCGAAGUUCACAGGUCUCUUGAUGAUUCUACUUCUGUUAGCGGUUUUUCCGACUUGGAUCUUACAAAAUCCGAAGACGAUGAGGAGACAGUUCCAGUGACUGCAUUUGAGGUUGGUGAUGACGAUGUAUCAGACUCCAGUCAAGUUAAUUUGAACAGUUUGAGUUCUCAAGAACAGUCUGAUGACACAAAUAGUGAAGAUACCACAAAUAAAACUGAACAUGAUCUGUUUGAGCAAUCCGGAGAAUAUCUAGAACCUAUAUCAGAGGGUGAUGAAGACAUAGAAUCCCUACCUGAGGACCUAGAACUCACAGAGAAUGCCAGUACCAGUGGAGAUAAAUCAUUUUCAGAAUCAUCAGCAUUUGGUGAAUCAAGUUCAGAAAGUUUUGACCCUGAUGGAGCCCUAGCAUCUAAGAUAAAGCAAAAUUUAAGUAAAAUUAAAUGUAACAAUCCAGACUCCAAAAAAAGGAAAUUAGAAGAUUUGCCAGAGCCUAAAAAAGAAAGGUGUAAUGAAAAAAAAACUAAGAAUAAGAAAUUGAUUAAAAGUAAAAAUAAACAUAAAAGUGACAUUGAAAUAGAAAACUUCAAUUAUCAUGAUAGUGAUCAAGAUUCUAUAGAAAAGGUUAUGGAUAACAAUACAAUAGACUCUGUAUCAACAAAUGCAUCUUCCCCGUUUAUAUCAGUAACUGCAACAGAAAUGUCAGAUCAUAGUCUGAAUGAAAUAUUAGGUGGAUAUAAACACCCUACAAUCCGAAAUUUACCAUAUGAAAAACAAAUGCUAUCAGCAAAUAGUACUAGUAUUUUUGCCACUGAUGACGCCAUGCAAGUUGACGAUGUUGAUAGUUUGGUACCAGAAAUUGGUGAUGACCCUAUCAUAGAAGACAUAGAGGUAGAUCUAGAUGUAACAGCAGACAAUGAACUCAAGACAACAGAAGUUGAUGAUACUGGAAAUAAAAAUUCUGAAAAAUCUAUUGAAAAACAAUUAAAAGAAUCUGAAAUUAAUAAUAAAUUUGUUAAUCCCAUCCGAGUGUACUAUACCGAUACAUGUUGCAUAUUUGUUUUAGAACAUCCAGCAGAAAUGUUUGUCAAUGGCAAAGUUAAAGUAAAAGUACUUAGCGGCACAGUUGAAGUUUUUGGUCACAUUUUGAAAAAAGAACUAAAUUUAUACUCACCAAAUAAUAGCUUUGCACAGUGUUUAAAAACAAAGCAGGCUGAAAAUGAAUACUAUGGUUUAUUUGGGAAAUUAACAGCUGCAGGUUUAUCUGUAAGUAAAACAGAAGAGAUUGUUACAUCACUUGGCGAGUAUGAUGCAGUAGUUGCUAUGACACCAUUAAAGGAUGCUCGAAUGGAGUUUCUUGAUAACCAUUUCCAUGCUGAUGUGUUUAACAGGUUAAAAAUUGACACUAAUGCAAACAGAUUAUCUCAAGCAUCUGAUAGAUUAAGUUGCAAUAUUUACUUAAGUAAACCUGUAAGAGCUUUUGAAAAUUAUGUUUCAUGGGAUGAGGAUCUAAGUUGGACAUUGAAUAAAUGCAGUAGAGGCAUAGUCUGUGGUGGCAAAGGUUUGGGCAAGUCAACACUCAUCAGAUAUUAUAUUAACCGGGUCUUGGAAAAUGGACCAGUUUUAAUGAUAGAUCUAGACCCUGGCCAAGCAGAGUUUACAGUAGCCGGCAAUAUAUCAGCCACUGUAGUCACAACGCCACUAUUGGGACCAAAUUUUACGCAUUUGAAGACACCAGACAUAUCCUACAACGUCGGCAUGGUCAAUGUGAUGGACAAUACAUUUCGAUUCGCAUCAACAAUCGCCAAAUUAAUACAGCAAUGUCGCAAUAAAUACUACUCCAUGCCCUGGAUCAUUAAUACUAUGGGAAUGACUAACCAUUGGGGUCUUAAACUUAUUGUCUUUGCUAUAAUACACUCACAGCCAACAUUCUUGAUACAGAUUGACUCAAAAGUAACAAAAAAACGUUUUGAAUGUUCUUUAGAACCGCAGGCGAUCAGAUUGUUAUAUGAGAGCUACAAAUAUGAUAGAUUAUACCGAGGUGUAGAAUUUCCAGAAGAUUUGGACUACAAAUUUGUCAUAACAUCAUUUGUGGACGGUUCUUAUAAACAUGAUACGUCAUUGUCCCCAAAGGACGAGAGAUAUCUGAACUUUUUGGCAUAUUUCGGUGACCUGAUGGUUGCUAACACCGAAGCAAAUAUCCUUGGGAUCGUGCCAUACGUGUUGAACCUGUCUGAUGUGAAUAUUGUGACCAAUGUGAGAGUAGCAAAGGACUCUGUAUUGAAGGUGAUCAACGGAAAAAUAGUAGCGCUUUGUCAACUUAACACAACAGAUAAGGGGAAAGUGUUUACUCUACAAGAUAACGCGCCGCUAUACCAUGGACACGGUCUGAUCCGUGGCGUAGACUUUGAAAAGAAUUUGGUUUACUUGAUGACACCAGAGCCAGCGCAGAAACUGAGUGCUGUCAACACUAUUGUAUACUGCGAUUGGGCGCCAGAGCUGUUAGGCACGGAGCGGUCCUUACCGCCCGGAGUGCACAUCCCAUAUCGCACAGCCGCUCAUUACCGAAACAAACAACACAUGAUUGCGCCACGCCGCCGCUUCAACCCUCUACAAUUAUUGAAAAUGUCAAGGAGUUCCUAA